UUCAACUGCGACCCGGUUCCAGCCACUUCCAAGGAGGAAGGUUUCUGAGGCGGGAACUUCACUCCGCAGUUAGAUAAUCCCCUCCGGGUACAGCCAAGAAGACACCACCCACAGCAUCAUUAAAUUAUAACAAGCCUUGAAACUCACUCCUAAAGCCGGGUCUGUUUGUCCUUGUGGUUUGUCGGCAGGAAGCCUGUGAUUGGCCGGCCCAGCUCAGCCUAGCAGGACUUAUCUCAGACUGAUUAUUUAUUAUUUGAUUAAAGAGGCUUCCUCCUCUGGUGGUGUUUCAAAACUGUGCUGGGAGAAUUGGCUGCUGCCAAGGUCCUUUUGCUGGGGUCACUCUCGAGCACCCAGUCUCUAAGCCCGGGUCCUGCCAACAGUCUCAAGAAGAAGUCGGGACUCACAUUUUUCUUCCCCCAGACGUUGUCCAGACUGCCUUCUCCAGAGCUCUUCUGUGUUGCUUUAUCAACUUGGAAAUCACUUCUCAAACAUCAGAGUCAAGGAUACAGCACAUGAUUUGGAAAUUGCACUUUAUGACAUGGAUGAAUCUUCACUGACUCUUGGCACCAUAGAUGUUUCUUAUCUGCCAAAUUCAUCUGAAUACAGUGUUGGUCGAUGUAAGCACACCAGUGAAGAAUGGGGUGAGUGUGGAUUCCGCCCCACGGUGUUCAGAUCUGCAACCUUAAAAUGGAAAGAAAGCCUAAUGAGCCGGAAAAGACCAUUUGUGGGAAGGUGUUGUUACUCCUGCACGCCUCAGAGCUGGGAUAAAUUUUUCAACCCCAGUAUCCCAUCUUUGGGUUUGCGGAAUGUUAUUUAUAUCAAUGAAACUCACACAAGGCACCGAGGCUGGCUCGCAAGGCGUCUCUCCUACGUGCUUUUUGUUCAGGAGCGAGAUGUUCACAAAGGCAUGUUUGCCACCAACGUGGCUGAAAAUGUGCUGAGCAGCAGUAGAGUGCAAGAGGCAAUCGCAGAAGUGGCUGCUGAGUUAAAUCCUGAUGGGUCCGCCCAGCAGCAGUCAAAAGCCAUCAGCAAAGUGAACAAGAAAGCCAAAAGGAUCCUUCAGGAAAUGGUCGCCACGGUCUCACCGGCAAUGAUCAGACUGACCGGGUGGGUGCUGCUCAAACUCUUCAACAGCUUCUUUUGGAACAUUCAGAUUCAUAAGGGCCAGUUGGAGAUGGUGAAAGCUGCGACUGAGACAAAUUUGCCGCUUAUAUUUCUACCAGUUCAUAGAUCACAUAUUGACUAUCUGCUGCUCACUUUCAUUCUCUUCUGCCAUAACAUCAAAGCGCCUUAUAUUGCUUCAGGCAAUAAUCUCAACAUCCCCAUCUUCAGUACGUUGAUCCACAAGCUUGGGGGCUUUUUCAUACGACGGAGGCUAGAUGAAACGCCAGAUGGACGGAAAGAUAUUCUCUACAGAGCUUUGCUCCACGGGCAUGUAGUUGAACUCCUUCGACAACAACAGUUCUUGGAGAUUUUCCUGGAGGGGACACGCUCUAGGAGUGGGAAAACGUCCUGUGCUCGAGCAGGCCUUUUGUCAGUAGUGGUGGAUACUCUGUCUGCCAACACCAUCCCAGACAUCCUGGUAAUACCUGUUGGAAUCGCCUAUGAUCGUAUUAUUGAAGGCCACUACAAUGGCGAACAGCUGGGAAAACCUAAGAAGAACGAGAGUCUUUGGAGUGUGGCCAGAGGCGUUAUUCGGAUGCUUCGGAAGAACUACGGGUGUGUCCGGGUGGACUUUGCACAGCCGUUUUCCCUGAAGGAAUAUUUAGAAAGCCAGAGUCAGAAGCCAGCAUCUGCACCCGUCUCCCUGGAACAGGCGCUGUUGCCAGCAAUCCUUCCUUCCAGGCCCAAUGAUGCCGCUGAAGAAGGCGCAGAUGCAUCAGCCAUCAACGAGUCGAGAAAUGCAGCCGACGAGUCAUUCCGCAGGAGACUGAUCGCCAAUCUGGCCGAGCACAUCCUCUUCACUGCUAGCAAAUCCUGUGCCAUCAUGUCAACACACAUCGUGGCCUGCCUGCUCCUCUACAGACACAGGCAGGGCAUUGAUCUCUCCACACUGGUGGAGGACUUCUUUGUGAUGAAGGAAGAAGUCCUGGCUCGUGAUUUUGACCUGGGGUUCUCUGGAAAUUCAGAAGAUGUGGUCAUGCACGCCAUCCAGCUGCUGGGAAACUGUGUCACCAUCACCCACACCAGCAGGAAUGAUGAGUUUUUUAUUACUCCCAGCACCACGGUCCCAUCAGUCUUUGAACUCAACUUCUACAGCAAUGGCGUCCUACACGUCUUUAUCAUGGAGGCCAUCAUAGCCUGCAGCCUUUACGCAGUUCUGAACAAGAGGGGCUCGGGGGGACCUUCAGGUGCAUCCCCUAACUUGGUCAGCCAGGAGCAGCUGGUGCGGAAAGCUGCCAGCCUCUGCUACCUGCUCUCGAAUGAAGGCACCAUAUCACUCCCCUGCCAGACGUUUUACCAGGUUUGCCAUGAAACAGUCGGAAGGUUUAUCCAGUAUGGCAUUCUCACGGUGGCAGAGCAAGAUGACCAGGAGGACAUGAGCCCCGGCCUCGCCGAGCAGCACUGGGGGAAGAAGCUCCCUGCGCCUCCGUCUUGGCGGAGCGACGAGGAGGACGAGGACAGCGACUUCGGCGAGGAGCAGCGGGACUGCUACCUGAAGGUGAGCCAGUCCAAGGAGCACCAGCAGUUCAUCGGCUUCCUGCAGAGGCUCCUGGGCCCGCUGCUGGAGGCCUACAGCUCCGCGGCCAUCUUCAUCCACAACUUCAGCGGCCCCGUGGCCGAGCCCGAGUACCUGCAGAAGCUCCACCGGUACCUCAUCACCAGGACGGAGAGGAGCAUUGCUGUGUAUGCUGAGAGUGCCACCUAUUGCCUCGUGAAGAAUGCCGUGAAAAUGUUCAAGGACAUCGGGGUUUUCAAAGAGACCAAACAGAAGCGAGUGUCUGUUCUAGAACUCAGCAGCACUUUCCUACCUCAGUGCAACCGGCAGAAACUCCUGGAGUACAUCCUCAGCUUCGUGGUGCUGUAGGCCACGCUGGCCCCCACCCCCCCGCGCCUGGCACGUUCCCGGCCGGGACGGGACCCGCCCCUUGUGGGCUCUGGCUGGCCUCAAGCCGGAGAGUGGAAGGUGUGGCGUGUGGUCCGGCCUGCCCCGCUCUGGGGGGACCUCCUGGGAGACAAGUGCCUUCGCCCAGCCCUCGUCCGUGCAUCUGUGCACACCCCCACGCUGAGGUGACAAAGGAUCCCGCAGG